UAUGCGCAUUUCGAAUGGCGUUUAGUUGUUAUUGUUCAUAGCGUAUAAAUUUUUGUAACAAAAUUAUGGACGAUUUGACGAGCUUUUCAAAAAUCGCAUAUAUUUUAUUAGUGUCCUGAGGAUUGGUUUGUUAAGUGCAAGUGUUUGUGCACCUUCAUACUGUGUCGGAUUAUUUAAAAAGUGUGUCACUAAAUAUGGGUUUCUUCUUGGUGUAAAAUAUUUUGUAAAUUUGAUGGAUUUUGGCGAUCCUUAAGAUGGUAGAAUGAUGGCAGCAGAUAGCGAUGGCUAUAGUGUAACAACAGUAGUGACAUGCGAAGGAGAUCUCUGUGAUCCGACCUUUUCGAAGCGACUAGAUCGAGUCUUGGGUAGUCUUCAAGAUAUAUUAGGUGGAAAGGUAUACGUUUGCAAACUGGAGCCCUGGAAUUCUGUAAGGGUAACGCUGUCGAUCCCUCGCGAAGCAGCUAUUCGGCUGAGACAUCUCGCAAGUGAAGGUUCUCAACAACUUCGCGCGUUGGGAAUACUCAGUGUUCAAGUUGAAGGUGAUCAAGUGAUUUCGCUUCGUUUAGCCGGCCCCGAACCUCAAGAGGUUAUCUUGAGAACGACCGAAGAUGGAAGCAACACACCAAGUACUAGUACGAAUACGCCCGUACGAAACAUGGUGGAGGAAAUACCUGUAUCAACACCAGAGGUUCCUACUUCGGCAGAUAAAAUCCAAUUUCGUUCACCAAAUGUACUGUGCCCCACGGAUACUGUAGUUCCAAAAGUGCCCUCGCAAAAUUUGGCAUCCAAUUCUCUUUCAAGUGCAAGAACGUAUACUGGUCCAUUUCCUUUUACAAGCAUGAAUCAGGCCAUACAUAGUAGAGAUAAUUUACCUAUAGCCGCAAAUUACAUACCACCGCCGCCUCCGCCGUAUCCUGGAAAGCAACCGCCUAUCACUAUUUCUAGUCCAUUAUUGGUGAACUUGUUGCAAAAUGAGGGCAAUAGCUUGAAAUCUUGUAAAAUAGAGCCAGAAAAUGUUCCAAGUAUAGGCAGUAGUUCAAUUCAGGCAAACGGAAGUAUCGCUUCUACCUCCAACUACAAACCACCAAUUUCUUUGACUAACCAAGAGACCACAUCAGUGAAAGUACCUUCUUCGCCCGGAAAAUUUCUUCAGAAAUCCAUUCCGGCUACAAUAGUUAAAACCAACAGCGUUAUUACAUCAUCGCCAUCAUUACCAAUUCUUCAUACUGCAGCUGCUUCCGGUUAUACACCGCCUGUUAUGCGUCCUACAUUAUCAGCUUCUAAAACUCAGUGCAAUACCCUAUCAUACCCAAACAUUACACAAAAUAGCCGUUUACCAACUACGAUACAGAGUGCUACCACAACAUCAUUAACACCGACCAACGCCACCUUUAAAAUGAAUAUGGUACCUCACCCAAAUAUGCAGAAGUCUACAGUGCCGAGUUCCAGUGAGCCGGAAAUAAUAAACAACUGCGUCGCUAAAACGGUCAGGUCAACCACCACUACCAAUUUACCAAUGUUUAAUCCAAACAUGCCAGAUCCUUGCAAGAUUUCCCAAAUAACCUACCCGCCGAUACCCAAUAAUGCCACAAUGAGAACCGUACCGCAAUAUCGACCUUGUCCGCCGCCCUAUCCUUUACAAUUUGAACCGAUCGCUCAACCGAUGCCGCAGCUUCUCGACCUGCCAUCGGCACUAACAGAGCUAAAGGAAACGGAUUUAGAUCAAAUUUUGCCCAGUCUCGAGAAUGAAAUGGUACGAAAUUCUCCGAGUUUGCCCGACGAGUUGAGCGGCAAUUUGACAAAAAACUGCAAUUACCUGAUCAAUCCUUUAACUGGGGAAAUGGAACCGCAUAUUAGCAGCGAUACCGAAACUAACGAACACAAUGAUAUUUUUACUGGCUUACCGUCACCGACGAGCGGGUCUGAUGAGGAUACAAAUUCUAUGAGUCGUCACGAUACAUCCGAUCAGAGUGACAGCGAGAGCAGAUCGAAUCACAGCGAUAGCAGCAAGAACUCUCGCAUGAAGAAUAGGAAUCGCGAAAGGACAGGCGAUUCUCCAAGCUUAAAGCCGGAGAAAAUUAAAUUGAGGUUGAAAUUGGAGAAGUCGGAGCCGAUUAAUUCGGCGUACAAAGUGGAUUUGAGUUUUAUCAAGACUCCAACCGUCGUACCCGGUGAAGAAUUGAGGGUUCCGCCUUUACACAUCUCCUUACGGGGACGUAACCACGCGGUGAUAAAUAACAGAAAGAAGCUUAAGAGUAGUUCGGAAGAUAGUGCCUCCAAGUCUAAGGUUAGGAAAAUUCAAGACCCAAAAUUUAAAAAAAACUCCACCUCUCCCUCUCCAUUGCCAGGUGACCAGUCGGAAGGCAAUACGAGUUCGUUACUUCCUGUUGAUUAUACAAAAAACUGUGGAACUGAAUCGCGUAAAUUGAAGAAGAUGAGGUCUGUUAACGAACACAGAGAACAAACUUUAAUGGCGGGCGGUCACUUACUGGACAAGGAGAUCGGAAGACUUCCGCAUUUAAAAGAGCGAAGGGGUAGCGAUCCCGAAGUAGCUCAUUCUGUGAAACCGUACGCGGACUGCAAUGGAAUCUUACCCAAUGACAAGAAGAGACGGUUAAGCCAUACUGACCCGGUAGACACCGAUUCUCAGUUGUUUGUUUUGGGUUCUACAAACAUCGGUACCGUGGCUACACUUCCCAUGCAAAAGCCGAGAAAAGAGAAGGUGAAAUGCAAAGACGUGUGUAAAGUGAAAGAAAUAAACAGGAGUAAAAAUUUUGUAAAAAAUCUCCCGGAGAAGGUAACGAAGCAGAUAUCAUUACCAACGGGGGAAAUUGAUAUGGAAGCAAAGUUUAAACAGAGGUUGUUAGAAGACUCCGAAACGGGUGUACCGAGGCCGCCCCACAGGACGGAAAAUGUACAAAGUUUAGAUAAUAAGAUUUUUCAGCCAAGUAAGAGCGAACUUGUCCAAUCUCUAACGGAAAAAAUUUCGAUACCGGAAAAACCGCCGGAAUUAAGUAAGCCCCCUUUACCAGACUGUAAGACUGAUAUAAAUGAGAAACAAGCGAGUCGGUCUCCGAAUUCCGGUGGUCAAGGUGAAGAUAGCGGAAUUGAGAGUAUGGACGCGCUUAGUGAAAAAUCACCUAAUCAAGCUAGCCAAAGUCCGCAUACCGACAUUCCGGACACGCUGAAAACAAAACCUCAAGUGCCUAGCAUCCUUGAUAUCGAGGCACAGUUAGCAAAAAUGGAAGGUCUAAACGGAGAGGACCCGAACGAAAAUCAGCACGGCGGAAGUAUUAAAAUGGAACAGUGUUGCGGUCUCACCUCUGCGCUCCAGGACAGUUUAAAACAGGGUACCGUUAGUUUAACAACGCUCGCCUCUCCGGUUUUAAAAGAUCAACUACCGCAAGUCGAAGUGACUUUAGUUCCAAUUAAACCAUCUGAAUCCGUUGAAGAUUUAGAUCCUAGACCAAUUAGAUUAUCGCCCCCUUUGUACACAUAUUCCAAUCCCGAUAAAAGUCGUAGCUCCGAGAGUCCCAGUUUGUCGGACUCUGACAGUAAUUCGUGCCCGGCGUUGAUCAAAAGUAAGAGUCUGCUAGAACAGUUGCUUAUCGAAAUUCCCGAUAACCAAACGACUAGUUCGUCGAGCCCCGUGACGAGAUCGCUACGCACACGUGCCUCAUCCAAGUUGAGUAGCCCCGAACUUAAUUCGCCCAUAGCCUCGAAACCACCUCGAAUCAACGUAGCGAAGCGUAACAGGCACGAGUCGGAGAGUUCUACUAACAGCGUUGACGAAAUGCGCAAUAAAAAAUUGAGGAAGUGUUCCGAGAAUGUCUCGGAACUAGUUAAACCGUGCGUGGGCGUCGACGUGAGUAAAACUGUUAGAAAGAAUACGUUGCUCGACGAUAGUUCAGAUAGCGAUGAGCCAUUAAUUGAGAUUGCCGGUAAGGUACGAAAGAAUAGUAUAAACAGUGCCAGAACUAAGUUUAAAACGACCGCAAUCGCUGGAGGAAUCGUGAAAGCCGCCCCAGUUAAGACGAGGAGUUCCAUUCGAACGACCCCGGCAUUAAACACACGGAGCAAAGGGGACAAAACACAAUCUGUAAUUAAUAAUGUAAGGCGCAAAACUCGUAGUUCAGUAUCGGAAGGAGAGGGUAAGCGGAGAAAAGACGUGAAGUGACAUUGCCUUGUAGGCUGUACAUGCUGCAGCCCUCAUUCAAACCCAGAGUUGCUGCGCCUAUAUACGUAACUCACACAGGAGUGCAGCCUUGAAUACUCGCGGCAAUAGUACAAAAGGAGCCCGCUUAAAAUGUAUAGAUUGUGAUAUAUUGUACAUAGCUAGAUAAUUGUAAAUAGCUGUGUUGUCGCAUACACAUGCUGGCACAUGUAAUCAACCUCUCAUGCUGUAAAUAUAUAAUUUUUGAGCCAUGUGAAAUGUGUAAGCAUUUGUAUGUGUUUUAUGUUUGUAGAUGUAUGUAUAUAUGUACACACAUGUAUGUAUGUAGGUAUAUCUAUACAUAUUCAUGCACAUACAUACAUAUAGAUGUAAAUAGUAUUUGUAUUUUACAUAUACAGUAAUUAUAUAGACAUUCAUUAUUAUUAAUAUUAUUUGCAUUUUACGUGGAUAAACAUUAAAUAUUUUAUUUUUAAUGUAUAUUUUUUUAUUAUGGAUAACUGUGAAAUUGUUGAUAUAUUGUUUAUGUUGUAGCUUAAUU